AUGGGGAAACGUGACUGCGUUGUCACGGCCUUCUAUCUGCACUCGGAGUGGAACAGCUCGUGGCCCGGCGACUUCCACGACGAGGUCGACAUGGAGUUUCUCGGAGAGCGCUUCUCGAGCGACGUGAUUCUGCAGACCAACUGGUACGGCCAGGGCGUCGGCGGCCACGAGGAGCGCCUCAAGCUCUGGUUCGACCCGGCGGCGGAUUACCACCACUACGCGUUCCAAGUUAAUCCUGACUGCAUUCGUUGGUUCGUCGACGGGAUUCUGAUCCGUGAGGCGUGCAAGGCGGCGGUGGGGAACGACCCGUUCCCCUCGUCGUCGAUGUUUCUGGUCGCGUCGCUGUGGGAUGGGAGCUCCUGGGCGACGCAGUACGGCGCGCUGCAGAUCGACUGGGCGCACGCGCCGUUCCGCGCCGGGUUUCACGGGCUGUAUGUGGACGGGUGCUACUGGCGACAGAUGGACGAGAAGGAUGCGCCGGCUUGCGCGCGGACGCGUGGGAAUCGUGACUGGCAGCCGACGUGGGAAAAGGGGGUGGAGGAGAAGGAUUACGUGCUGCUGCGACACACGCAGGCGCAUUAUCUGACCUACUCGUACGCGCUUGACAAGACGAGGAAGCCGUUCAAGCCUAAGCGGACUGCUGAAGCGACAGUGGUAGAAGCGACGGCAGGAGAGAGCUCUCGUCAAACGGAGCAGACGACAACAGCAGCGGCGGCGGAGGGUCACCAAGGCGGAGUGAAAGGAGGAGCCAAGGAUGGGAAGCUUCGCGUCGCUGAGGAGAUCUGUCCCCUCCUUGCACCCCAACAUCGUCGUCCCCGCGCAUUGCUAUACCCUAUCCCCGCGCAUCUGGUCGGCACGGCGAAAGCGGGGCAUCCGGGAGAGCGCGAAACUGGUUCUUGUUCUGCCGAGUUUGCCGAAGCGCGGGCUGCUGCUACGUCGCGGAGCGCGAUGGGAGGGCGGAAGGCGCGGCACCGAAUGCACUUGGGCGCGCUAGCGGCGCUCGCCGCCACCUGCUUCGCGCUCGCCGCCGUCACAAGCAUCCCAGGCGUGGCACGGCACUUAACCCUCCUCUCCACCCACCGCCCCUCCUCGUCCUCCGCCUUCCCCCUCUCCUCCUCCCCCCUUGCAACCUCCCCGCCCCCGCGCCAUUUGCUGCUGGGGCGGACCGACACGAUCGUGAGCGUCACUGACGGGGAUGGGGAGCUGCGCGGCGGAGGGGGGCAGGGGGAGAACGGGAGAGGCGCGGAGCAGGGGGAGCAGGGUGCGGGGGUGCGGAGAGAGGGGGAGCAGCCGGAGCCUCGUGCGCCUGAGGAGGAGGAGGAGCGAUGCGAGGAGGCGUACGGGUGGCUGCCGUGCAGCACGUCAGUGGGGGGCAACGCCUUCCUCAUGGCGGCCUAUGGUUACAUCAUCCUCGUUGCCGCCAAGCUCAUUUCCGACGGCUCCGAGCUGCUGCUGCAGGUGCUGGACCCCGGUCUCAUCGGAGGGCUGUUCCUGCCCAUGCUGGGAGCCAUGCCAGACACAGUGCUCAUUCUGGUAUCCGGGCUGGGAGGCAGCAAGGAGCAGGCGCAGGAGGAGGUGCUGGUGGGCAUGGGCGUGCUGGCAGGGAGCACCGUCAUGAUCCUCACCGUCGCCUGGGGGGGCUCCCUGCUCUGCGGCCGCUGUGACCUGGAGGAGAAGCAGAGGAGCGACGGGAGUGUGGACCUGGUGGCCAGGGAUAAGACGCUCACCCGCCCCUGGGACCUGAAAAGCACAGGGGUGACAACGGACGAGCAGACGCGCCUGGGGGCGUGGAUCAUGAUGGCCACUGUAGUGCCCUUCGUCAUCAUGCAGGUGCCGUUCAUAGACGGGGGCCAGUACCCCGAGUACCAGGCGCGCAUCACGGCGCUGCUGGGUCUGCUGCUCUCCACGGCCGGCCUCAUUGCAUACUGCGCCUACCAGGUGCUGUCCCCCUGGCUGCAGUCGUCCAAGAUCAACUUUGCGCGCAUGCACCUGAUGCGGGCGCGUGCGCUGCACCACCUGCACGACCUGGCGCUGCAGAACACGUGGGGCGGGCUGCUGCUGCCCGACGGCACGCCCAACCGCGAGACCAUUCACCGCGUGUUCCGGCACUUUGACGAGGACGGCAACGGCACCCUCUCCCGCAGCGAGCUCAAGGGGCUCGUUUUGGGGCUCGGCAUUCGUAGCCAGGCACCAGGAGACGUGCCAGCAGACGAUGAGGUGGCAGCAUGGAUGCGCGACUUCGAUGCCAACUCCGAUGGCGAGAUCGGCCAUGAGGAGUUCAUGUCAGGCAUGCAGCGGUGGAUCACCCACCACUCCUCGCCCUCCCAUCGCCCCUCCACCAUGUCACUCCUCAGAGGCGCCAGUGCGGACAACAAGUUUUGGGAGGGGCAGCUGGCGAACGCCAAGGGGCAGCUGGAAGGGCUGGAGCAGGAGCUAGAGGAGGAGGUGGAGGACGAGGAGGAGGAGCAGGUCGUCAAAACGCCCGCUCAGAUCUACCGCGAGGCGAUAAUGCUGAUAGCAGGCGGGGCGGUGCUGGUGGGGUGCUUUGCAGACCCAGUCAUUGGCUCCAUCACGGCCUUCUCCAGGGCGUCGCACAUCCCGCCGUUCUUUGUGGCGUUUGUGGUGACGCCGCUGGCGUCCAACGCGAGUGAGCUCGUCUCCUCGCUCUACUUCGCCAUGAAGAAGCGCCGCCGCACCGCCUCGCUCACGUACUCGCAGGUGUACGGCGCCAUCACCAUGAACAACACCAUGUGUCUGGGCACGUUCCUUGCACUCAUCUAUUUCCGCGGCCUGGCAUGGCAGUUCAGCAGCGAGGUGGUCAUCAUUCUCCUCAACACCUUUGUCGUCGGCCUCCUGGGCGGCAGCCGCCACACCUUCCCCACCUGGAUGGCGUUCCCCGUCCUCUUGUUCUAUCCAGUGUCACUUGCGAUUGUGGCUUGUCUUGACACGCGGAACGUCAUUCUUGCACCAACAGAAGCACUUUUCGGUGAUAAAUCAGUCAGCUGUGGUUACACGUCACAAGGUGAACACUCUCGAGUUUCUGUCGCUCCACUGCAGCACUCAAUUGUCAUCAUGGCGACCGCUCCCGUCUCCUCGGCGAUGAAGGCCUCCCUCUCCACGACCAAGGCGUCGCUCGCCUCGCCCGUGGUCUCUGGCCCGGCCUCCGCCAAAAUCACGCGCUUCGAUGGGCUCAAGUCGGCCUCCGCCUUCGCGGGCGCCAAGCCCACCUCGCAGGCCGCUCAGCUGCGCGCCAAGUUCUCGGCGGUGCAGAGCAGCGAGGCGCAGCUCGGCGUGGUGCGGUGCGAGCAGACGGAGCCCGGGAUGAAGCUGGUGUUCGUGUCGGCGGAGGUGGCGCCGUGGAGCAAGACGGGCGGCCUGGGAGAUGUGCUGGGCGGCCUCCCCCCCGCGCUCGCCGCCAGGGGCCACCGCGUGAUGACGGUGUCGCCGCGCUACGACCAGUACAAGGACGCCUGGGACACUGACGUCACCAUCGAUGUGAAGGUGGGCGACGCGGUGGAGAAGGUGCGGUUCUUCCACUGCUACAAGCGCGGCGUGGAUCGCGUGUUCGUGGACCACCCGUUGUUCCUGGCCAAGGUGUACGGCAAGACGGGCAGCAAGGUGUACGGGCCCAAGACGGGCGUCGACUACGACGACAACGUGCUGCGCUUCUCGCUCUUCAACCAGGCGGCGCUCAUGGCGCCCAAGGUGCUGGCGCUCAGCAACAACCCGUACUACUCGGGCACGUACGGCGAGGACGUGGUGUUCGUGGCCAACGACUGGCACACGGGCGUGCUGCCGGCGUACCUCAAGGUGCUGCAGCAGCAGGGUCACUUCCGCCAGGCCAAGGUCGCCUUCUGCACGCACAACAUCGCGUACCAGGGCCGCUUCGCGCCCGCCGACUUCGACCGCCUCAACCUCCCCGACUCCUUCCGCCCCUCCUUCGCCUUCACUGACGGGUACGCGAAGCCGGUGAAGGGGCCGAAGAUUAACUGGCUGAAGGCGGGAUUCACGGAGGCGGACCUGGUGCUGACGGUGUCGCCCAACUACGCGGCGGAGCUGCAGUCGGGGCCGGCCAAGGGCGUGGAGCUGGACGACGUGAUUCGCGCCACGGGCAUCAAGGGCAUCGUGAACGGCAUGGACGUGUCGGAGUGGGACCCGUCGGAGGACAAGUUCCUCGACGCGCGCUACGACGCGUCCAACGUGCUCGAGCUCAAGCCGGCGCUCAAGGAGGCGCUGCAGGCGGAGGUGGGGCUGCCGGUGCGCGCGGACGUGCCGGUGCUGGCGUUCAUCGGGCGGCUGGAGGAGCAGAAGGGGUCGGACAUUCUGUCGGCGGCGGUGGAGGAGAUUCUGGCGGGCGACGUGCAGCUGAUCGUGCUGGGCACGGGCAAGAAGUACCUGGAGCAGCAGCUCGAGGCGCUCGAGGCCAAGUACCCCGACAAGGCGCGCGGCGUCGUCAAGUUCAACACUCCGCUGGCGCAUCUCAUGACGGCCGGCGCCGACUUCAUGCUCGUGCCGUCGCGCUUCGAGCCGUGCGGGCUGAUCCAGCUGCACGCCAUGCGCUACGGCACCGUGCCCAUCGUGGCGUCCACGGGCGGGCUCGUCGACACCGUGAAGGACGGCGUCACGGGCUUCCAGAUCGGCGAGUUCAACGUCGACUGCGAGGCGGUGUAUCCGGAGGACGUGGCGACGCUGGCGGCGGGGGUGCAGCGCGCGCUCAAGGUGUUUGGCACGCCGGCGUUCGACCAGAUGAUUCUCAACGGCAUGGCGCAGGACCUGUCGUGGAAGGGCCCCGCCGAGGAGUGGGAGGAGACGCUCCUCUCGCUGCAGGUCGAGAACUCCUCGCCCGGCCAGGCCGACGGCGUCGAAAUCGCGCCCAAGGCCCUCGCCAACGUCGCCGCCCCCUAA